CUUCAAGAUUCAAUAAAAAGGUCACUAUAGUGUUCUCUCAAAAUCAACCCAAAGCUUAAUUUCUUUGUGCAUAGUAUAUACAUUACUCACUCCAAUGGUCCUUCAGCUUGUAUUCAUAGGUACCAUAAUCCAAUGUUUAAUGUAUUCCUCGGCGGUGCUUCAGGUGUUUGAACAUGCACCUAAAUCAGAUGGGUCUCUAAGCUUCUUGGUGCUUGGAGAUUGGGGAAGAAGAGGAGCUUAUAACCAAUCUCAAGUUGCAUUUCAGAUGGGUGUUAUUGGAGAGCAAUUGGAUAUCGAUUUUGUCAUUUCCACCGGGGACAACUUUUAUGACAAUGGCUUGACAGGAAUAGAUGAUACAUCCUUUGACUAUUCAUUCACCAAAAUCUACACAGCUCCAAGCUUGCAGAAGCAAUGGUAUAAUGUUCUAGGCAACCAUGACUAUAGAGGAGAUGUUGAGGCACAAUUGAGUCCUGUCCUCACAAAUCUCGACAAUAGAUGGUUUUGCAUGAGAUCUUAUGUUGUCAAUGCAGAAUUUGUAGAGUUUUUCUUUGUAGAUACAAAUCCCUUUGUGGACUCAUACUUUACAGAACCUGGGGAACAUGUUUAUGAUUGGAGAGGCAUAGGGCCUAGAAAACAAUACAUUUCCAACCUCCUCAAGGAUGUGGAUUUGGCUUUAAAAGAAUCAAAUGCAAAGUGGAAGAUUGUGGUGGGUCACCAUCCAAUAAGAAGUGCUGCUCAUCAUGGUGAUACCAAAGAGCUUGUAAACCAACUACUCCCAAUUCUUGAGGCAAACAACAUUGAUCUUUUCAUAAAUGGACAUGAUCACUGCCUACAACACAUAAGUAGUCUCAAAAGUGGAAUAGAAUUUAUGACUAGCGGUGGAGGAUCAAAGGCGUGGAAAGGUGAUGUGAAGUGGUGGAAUCCAGAAGAGAUGAAAUUGUAUUACGAUGGUCAAGGAUUCAUGUCUCUUCAUGUUAUUCAAACUCAAAUCAAUGUAGCGUUCUACGAUGUCUUUGGCAAUGUUUUACACAACUGGAACACUUCCAAACAACUUCAAUCAACCUUUUGAACAAUUUCAAGCGACAAAACGUUACUGCACCAGAAUAAAGUGGCUUACAAAACAUCACAGUGACCAAUAAGUGUUAAAUGUGAAAUAUUUUUAAUUGGAUCAUUCCACACUUUCAUCGAUGUAACUGCAUUAUCAUACUUCAAGUUAUAGUAUUGUUAAACCAUAUAAACAAUCUUAUUCGAUAAUGUGCUUUAAUUCACUCAUGACAAAAUAAUACAUCGUGCAGAUCAUCCGUGUAUCGACCCUUAAUAUUCAUUGUUUUUUUUCUCA